GACCUCAUGAAGAAGAUAUAAAAACGAGCCAACGGGAUCGCGAUCGGCCCAGACCGCACGUUGCUCUGGUUCGGUUGUGACUGCGCCUUGCUCUCGCAGACUCUGGUAGCGCGCGAUCGGAGAGGAAGUGAUAUCAAGUGUUCGUCAAGUGCUCACCGGAAGGGUCAAGUUGGCUACGUCAGGAUGGCCGAGUGGACGGAGUGGCGACGAAGGUGGCGGUGUCUCAGCGUGGCCGCCGUGCUACUAGUAACCUCGGCCCGCCCCAGCACCUCCGCCUCCCUACCAGAGUCCAAGGAUGCCGCGGGGUCUGAGUCUUCCCGCGUCCAGCCUCAAAACACCAGUGAGUCCUCGGUGCUUGAAGGGAACACCGCCGUGACCAAAGAAGAACUGGAAACUACAACACUCGAAGCAACAGCGGACGCAGAUACGGAGAGUGACACGGCCCAGGACACUCUCAACAAAUACACGAAAAAUGACACCGACGAUCAAGCUCAGACUCCACCCAAGCGAAGUAACGCCACAUACCUCACCUCCUCAGCGAAUGUGGUCACUCUGGCGGAGGUGAAGAGACGAAUGGCACAAAACAAGAUCAGUAUGGAGGACUUUCACCCAGAAGUUGUUGAGAGUGAGCUUCAGCAACUCUUAGCCUUCUUCGACCCGGCCAAGCAGAACGGGAGGAGCGACCCACCACCCAACAUGAGUCUGUGGGAGUACCUGGUGAACUACGUGACUGGUACAGCACAUCCUCCCCCGCGGCUUGAGUUACGGCAGUCUUACUUGAAGGUGGAGAGACCCGCCCCACUGCACCCAUGCGAGACAGUGCCGGGAGACUACAAUGAGUGGUUCCGUGAGGCUGCCCCGCUGCGGGUGGUGGUGGCCGGCGGGGGCGUGGCUGGCCUGGCCGCCCUCACCUCCCUCCUCAGGCUGCAGGUGCCCGAUGUGCUCCUUCUUGAGGCCACUGACCGGAUAGGCGGCCGAGUGAAGACAGUCAGACACGGUGAGUGGGUAGCCGAGGAGGGUCCCAGUGUGAUCCAGGGUCGUCGCGAGAGUCCCUUGUACUACAUCGCCCAGGAGGAGGGAAGCCUGGGCCCACCUGUUCAUAACGUGCUUCAGGCCGAGAUGGUGGUGACGAGCAGAGGGGAUUCGGUGCCUCGAGCGGUCACGGAGCUUCACGCCGGGGUUCAGCAGCGCCUGUACCACGCCCUCAGUAGCGGGGAGCUUGAGCAGUACUACGGCCGCUCGCUGGGGGACUUCCUAAGCAGCAGGCAUCAGGAGCUGUGGGGGCCGGCGAGGGACUUGAGUGACCGGGCCGCGUCCCAGCACAUCGUUCAUCAGGCCAUAAACUCCAAAUUCGGGUCCUGGAGUUGGUUCAAUGUGUCUGCCAGAGAUGUCGACAACCUGGAGGUGGGACGCGAUCACUCGUGGCUUGGUGGCAUGGAUGGCCUGGUGAAUGCCCUGCUGGAUCAGGUACCGCAAGGACAGGUGAAGAUGCUCAGUCCUGUGUGCCGAGUGUAUUGGGACCUUCCCGGGGGCCGCCAAGCCCUGGUGGUGUCUGCCGAUGGGUCCUCCUACCUGGCUGAGCGGGUACUGGUGAUGCUCCCGCUGGGUGUGCUGCAGGAACAACACCAUCGGAUGUUCGUUCCGCCGCUGCCCACCACCCUCUCCAGAGCUCUGAUGGCUGUGGCAUCCGGGUCCGCCAACAGACUCAACCUGGGCUGGGCCGUGCCGUGGUGGGGCAGCAAGCCCUUCUACAUGGUGGUCUUCUGGAAGAACAACGAUUUCCCUCCAGAAAUGGACUGGGUGUCGAACAUCGUGAAGGUGAGGAGCACCGACCACCACUCCGCCAUGCUGGAGAUGACUGUAACGGGCGAGGCGUCGAGUAUAAUGGAGACGCUCAAACCAGAAACAAUCAUCUCCCACCUUGUCACCUUCCUCCGAGCCACCAACAAGAAGAACAUCGUGCCUUUGCCGCUGUUCUUCCACAGGUCCAAGUGGUGUGAGAACAAGUGGGCGCGAGGGUCCUACCAGUCCUAUGCGGUCCCAGGGAAGGGCGGACUCCACCUCCAGGAUCGCUCUUCACUUGUAGAGCUUCGCAACUCCAAGAAGAUUCAGCCUGUCUUCUUCGGGGGCGAGCACACCUCCAGUGACCGCUUUGGCACAGUGGAUGGGGCCUUUGUGUCUGGGGUGGAGGCAGCGCUCUGGGCGGCGGGUCAGCUGGAGCAGGAAAAAAAGAAAAACAGUGGAUCAAAAUCUAACUGUCCAAAGCCCAGACUAGUGACUUACAGAGACCUAAUACACUCUAGCAACCACUUCCAAAGCUUGCCCUCUUGUGACGAUGCUGAGGCAGGGGUAUCCUCCAGUACUCAGCUUUCCAAGGAGAGGAAAAAGAUGAAGAAGAGAAGGAAAAUGAAUGAGCAAUCUCAGAAUCCUCCACAAAGCUCUUCUCAAAAAUCUAAACUACCAACAAGUCCUGAGCUGAGGGAACAUUUGGCUUUGAAGACGGUGAGUAGUCCGGCCUCAGGUGCAGAGGUAGUUAUAGACAAGCUUACCAGUGAGGAAACAUCGGAUAUGAGGGUAACUUACAUUGAUGCUGAGGAGAAACAUGCAACGGACAGACCAAGCGACCAAAAAGCUACGGAAAUAGUAGAUAAGAAACUGGUCUAUGAAGAAUCCCAUAAUAACACAAGGAUAAGCGUGUCAUUUGAGGACAUCAUCGAGAGACUUGUGAGAGAACUGAGUAAGCCAAUGGGGGACUCUGAUGGAUCUGAGGGAAGUCUUGCCGGUGCUGUGAGGAAGGCAAAGCAGAAAAAGAAUAGAUUUAAAAGGAAGAGAACACAAAAUAGAAAAAAGCAAAAUCAUAACCAGGGAAGCAUCAGAAGGAGAAAGAACAAUGGCAACAUUCCCCCAUCCGACGAGACUUCGAUGCGUGCAGUCUCUCCACAGUCCAUCAUUAACGAACAGAAAGGAGAGACGCACCUCCACUUCUAUAUAUCCAACCCCAAACCCACUCUGAGGCCUGCCAUGUCGAUCCCAGAAACCACCAGAAAGGAAACAUCACAUCAAAAAGAGACCACUGCACCCUUCCUACCCAACAAAUUCACAGAGACAAGCGCCACAGGAUUAAGGGUAACGUACCAUAAUUUCCAUCCUGAUAUGCCUCUGUUAUCAAGAUCAGGUACAAACCAGAGUGAAGCGAUUCCUUAUCCUGUCCCUCUGAGGCCAAGCUGGAAUGGUAGUACGUCUUCAGAUGAAACGUUUUCCAUUGUCAGUAAUGAGAGUUCCUCGGUAAGACACACUGUUAUGCGACUGGAGAGCAACAGUGAGAUUCCGAAUGUCACGCGGGUUAGCCCAUCCCACGCCAGCACUCAUGUCUCCUCAGCUGGGCCUCCACACACGACAAAAACUGACAGUAGUAAACAGAGGGGAAGUAUCACACCUCCCAAUAAAGUUAACAAAAGAAGAAGGAAGAAAAAGAAUCACAGAAGCAGAAGAAAGAUGCAAAAUAGGAAGAGGAGGAGGAGGACUUUCAAGAAUGAAUGAGAUGAGAGAAUAUUCAACAGAGGGAAAGUAUCACACCUCCCAAUAAAGUUAACAAAAGAAGAAGGAAGAAAAAGAAUCAUAGAAGCAGAAGAAAGAUGCAAAAUAGGAAGAGGAGGAGGAGGACUUUCAAGAAUGAAUGAGAUGAGAGAAUAUUCAACAGGGAGAAAGUAUUACACCUCCCCAUACACUUACCAAUAGAAGAAGGAGAAGAAAAAGAAGCACAGAAGCAGAGGAUACAAAAUAAAUGGAGGAGGAGGCAGACUUUCCAGAAACAACAGAGGAUAGAUCACUCUUGUCCAGAAAUGACCCAAGUGAACAGCCAGAAAUUAUGAGUUAGCAGCCAAAACAAAUACAACAUUCAGCAUAAAAACAAGGAUAUAAAUCUCUUAUUAUAAUUGGCUGAACUCAAGAACACAGGCGCUAGACUUGCUGAGGAAUACUUUCUUGUUAAAAACCAAGUAAACUUUCUCCCACAUUUAAGAGUCAUAGGGCCGUAUUACAAGUCAAACCCAAGAAGUUUCGGGUCUCUAGAAAGGUUGGUUUAGGGGCCAUACUGCAAGUUCAAUCCGAGAAGGUUCGGGUCCCUACAAAGUUUGGGAUGAAUAACUCUGUAGGGACCUGAAACUUUUCGUAUUGGACUUGUAUUACGGCCCCUAAACUGACUUUUGUUGGGACUCGAAACUUCUUGGGUCUGACUUGUAAUACGGCCCAUAACGUUACAUCCAGAAUCAGAUUUUCCAUCACGCCAUAAAAGGUGCAGUUCUUCUUUACAAGCCCAAGGUUAUGGACUCCAGGAGUGGUUCAUGAACCCUUGAGCAAGAAGCAAAUUUAUUCAGUUUUAAUGACAAGAAAGUCUGUUUCUGGAACCUUUAAAAUGGGUAUGUAACUGGUAAUGACAAAGUACUGUGGUAGAGAUGAUUCUAAGUAUUAGAAUCAUGUCUAAUCAGUGGCAGCACCUUGCACGCACAGGUUAAUCUAGAUGCCAAAAGUCCCUUGCAGCAAAUCCUUCCCUACACUCUCCUGUCCAAGUGCUAUGGUCCUUGCCACCCAUGGUAAGAUGUUUGCAUUCCAUGUGUAUUUUUUUAAUUAUUAAUAUAUUUUGUCUGCUGUUACUGGGCAUUUGUAAAUAGGCUUAAGAUUUUUUAUAACAAAUACAAUCUUAGUGGAUAACACCUUGUUAUCAUCCAUGUUUCUUUGGUAAUGAUUAUUCUUACACGCUGCUCAGCUGACUAACACUGCCAGUAAGGAGCCAGGAAACUGAACACACCAAGUCUGAACUCGUCACAAUUUACAGAUUGUUGGCAAACCACUUGCCUGGCAAUUAUGGUGACUGUGCAGCACUGAACAGUAAACGUGAAUGUCAGU